UGGAAAGUCAAUGGCUGCUGCAUCGCAAUGACACUGCCACACAAACAGAGCCCGGCAUGAAGAGACACAGUAUCUGUACAGAGGGAAUCUAAAAGGGAUUUCCAGCGUUACAGUCGCAGCCAUACCAGGAUACCCUGCAGUUAAGUUUCACAGGGUUCCUAUUCUGAGGCAAUGGAUACAUACAAAAAAGAGAUGGAGAUCCUAAGCAAUAGCAUUGCAGCGUAUGCUCACAUUCGAGCUAAUCCUGCAUCGUUUGGUCUUUACUUUGUCCUUGGUGUCUGUUUUGGGCUGAUUAUAACACUUUGUCUGCUUGUUAUCCGAAUCUCCUGUAAGCCUCGGACCCCAAGCAUUCCUCCCAAACCAAAAAAGUCACCUCCUAAAGAUUGUGUCAAGGAGCCUCUGUCUGUGGCAGGAGAUGAGGAGGAUCCAGAAAGUGAUGACAAUGAGGAAACCUUCAUCCUAAAUCCUGUUACAGAAACACCACUGAACAACCAGUCUUCAGCAGAUGGAACGCUGACAGUCAAUGUUUUCACAUCGGCAGAAGAGUUAGAGAGGGCCCAAAGGUUGGAAGAAAGGGAAAGGAUAAUCCGUGAGAUCUGGCGUAAUGGGCAGCCUGAUAUACUGGGAACAGGAACUGGCACUAUAGGCCGUGUACAUUACUAUUAAUGGAAAAAGGAGAAAGUUAUCUACAUUAUAUUAAUUGUGGUGCCAGAUAGCCCAAUGCCGUGGUUUUUAAAAUGGCAUAAGCUACACUACAUACAUAAUUACUUACCAUUUCUGGUAAUCUGUGUGCCAGUAGUUGGUAUUUUACUAAUAGUAGCUGAAAAAGCACAAAUGGCGCAGCUGUCUUACAUGGAUGGUGCUUUAGUAAAUAUAGAGGAAUUAGACAACAUAGUCUAUUGACUCAAAAAUUGUCAAUUCUGGCUUCAUGGGCUGUGUGAGAGACAACCACAUAAACUGAUGCUCUUCGCAGAGGAUUUACAUUGAUCAAGUGUCUUUCUUGAGAGGACAGAAGUUCAGACUGGUACUUAAUCAGUUUGGCCAAGUAUUCAUAAGCAGGGAAACAUCUGGGAUAGAACUUGUGUAUCACUGUUUGAUCAGACUGAAUUUGUUACUUGGCUGGAAUUGGUACUCAGCUCAGGACCUCGUGAUGCAUCUCAUUGGUAUUCAUUUGUAUUAAUGGCCAACUGUGCUUACAGUCUCGCUGGUGUCUCCAUUAUUAGAUUUGCUGACUGGUGAUUGUAGAAGCUUCAUGAGCCUGUAGUCAUCCUGUCUGCGCUCAGCAGGAAGUUUAUCAAACACUGAUGGUGACCUUUCAGCUGGCUCUUAGCUGGAGGAGGAGGAUGCUUUGAGUUAUGCUUGAUGUCUUUAAUGACCGGUAACACCAAAAAAUUAAAAAAUCUUAAUUGUU